ACGAUUACAUUUACAUUAGUUUACUAUACUACGAUAAACAAAACAAUAGCAACUUGGUUGCGCUAGAAUUGUCCAGACAGAGCCACCGUCUAUCUAUCUGACGAAACAUUGGAAGUAGUUGUCAGAGAUGUCAGGUAAAGGAGGAAAACAAAGUCGCUCAGGAGGCGGCAGAAAGGGUGCCGAUGACCAGGAGGAAGAGGAACAGCCGUUGCAGGCUGUUCUUAUUGCUGACAGCUUCAACCGGAGGUUUUUUCCGAUCACCAAAGACCAGCCAAGGGCAUUACUCCCACUAGGAAAUGUGGCUAUGAUCGACUAUACACUGGAGUUCCUGACAUCCACUGGGGUGCAGGAAACAUUUGUCUUCUGUUGCUGGAUGUCCCAUAAAAUCAAGGAGCACCUGCUUAAGUCGAAGUGGUGUCGUCCUACCUCCCCGAACACAGUCCACAUCAUCACCUCUGACCUCUACCGCUCGCUAGGCGAUGUGCUCAGGGACGUGGAUGCCAAGAAUCUGGUGCGCUACGACUUUGUGCUGGUGUAUGGAGAUGUGGUGUCGAACAUUGACGUCACUCAGGCCCUGCAGGAGCACAAGCACCGCAGAAAGGUGGAGAAGAAUAUCUCGGUGAUGACCAUGGUCUUCAAGGAGUCGUCGCCGGGUCACAAGUCCCGCUGCGAGGAGGACGACAUCAUCGUCGCCAUGGACACCAAGAGUCAACGAGUCCUGCACUACCAAAAGACACAGGGACUGAAGAAGCUUCAGUUCCCCAUGAAUAUUUUCCACAACGGAAGCGAGGACUUUGAGAUCCGACACGACCUGUUGGACUGUCACAUCAGCAUCUGUUCCCCACAGGUGGCUGAGCUCUUCACUGACAACUUCGACUACCAGACCAGGAACGACUUUGUCCGAGGGAUGCUGGUCAACGAAGAGAUCCUGGGCAACCAGAUCCACAUGCACGUCACCAAGGACGGCUACGGCGCUCGGGUCUCCAACCUGCUCAUGUACGACUCGGUGUCCUCGGACCUGAUCCGCCGCUGGGUCUACCCGCUCACGCCGGAGGCCAACUUCACGGACCGCGAGGGCCCGCCGUGCACACACUCGCGCCACAACGUGUACCGGGGCCCCGGUGUGAGCCUGGGCCACGGGAGCCAGAUGGUGGAGAACGUCCUGAUUGGCUGCGGCACCAGCAUCGGGGCCGACUGUCACAUUUCAAACAGCGUCAUCGGGAGUAACUGCAGCAUAGGGGACAACGUCACCCUGGACUGUGCCUACGUUUGGAACCACGUCACCAUCUCCAAGAACGUGACCAUCAGCCAGUCAGUGGUCUGUGACCGGGUGGAGAUCAGGGAAGGGGUCCGGCUAAACAAACAGUGUGUCCUGGCCUACAACGUCUUGAUCGGACCGAACGUCUCCCUACCGGACGGCACGGUGGUCUCCAUGCACCACCCAGACGAGGAAGAGGAGGAAGACGACGAUGAGUUCCUCAGCGACGGCGACGCAGACGCCAGCCAGAGUAAAGAGAAGAACAAGCAGAAGGGGUUCAACCCAGCGGAGGUGGGCGUGGAGGGGAAGGGGUUCGUGUGGAAGACCAGUGUUCUGGACGACACAGAGGACGAGGAGCUGUCCCAGUGCCUCUGGGGUUUGGUCUUGAACCCUGACCCUGAGAGUGACAGCGAGGCCAGCGAACCCGACGACCCCGACGACCCUGUCAUCCCCUCCCCCGAGAUGGACGAUGUCAAAGUGUUUGAGUUGGAGGUACUGGGCACUCUCCAGCGAGGCCUGGAGGAGAACAUCGGCUGUGACAACCUGGUGGUGGAGGUCAACUCCCUGAAGUACGCCUAUAACAUCACCCUGAGGGAGGUGAUGCAGAUGCUGACCAGGGUGGUGCUCGAGUUCCCCUUUCAGCAGCAGCAGGGGGUACAGCUCUCCGCGGCCCAGUAUGCUACCGUCCUUCUGCCCCUGAUCGAGAGGUGGGCGCCGCUCUUUAAGAACUAUGUGAAGAAGGCCCAGGACCACCUGGACUGUCUGUCAGCCUUUGAGGAACACUUCCUGGAGCAGGAGAAACACUGGCCGGCCAUGAUCAAGGUUUUGAUGAGCAUGUACCAGCUGGAGAUCCUGGAGGAGGAGCUCAUCAUGCGCUGGUUCUCCCAGGGAGCCACCACGGACAAGGGCCGGCAGCUGCGCAAGAACCAGGGGCUGCAGAAGUUCAUCAAGUGGCUGGAGGAGGCUGAGGACGAGUCAUCAGAAGACGAAUGACGCUGAUGAAGAAACCGUCGAUCUGAAAGACUGUUUAUGGGCAUUCAGAUGGGAGGGGGGGAGCUCCUCUGGUGCGGAGGUCUUCCUGGCCAUCGCUCAACUCUUCCCUGAUCCAGAGAAGAUGCAAUAUAUCACAGUGUCAUGACAGGGCACACGCGUGUGCUCCGGGAAUGGCUUUAUCCAAAUAAAUAGGAGACCACCGUGGGAAAUGUAGUCAUUCUGUUUAUUUCAUGCUUUUAACACUGUCAAAAGAAAACUACAAUCCAGGUAGAAACAAUCCCCAUUGACUGAAUCAAAAUUGGCACUCGACAAAACACAACAUGGAGUAACAGCAGUAUGGUUAUAGGCCUGAGUUUGGGCAUGCAUUGUUGCACUAAACUGUAGAAGCUAGCAAGCAGCGGUGUGCAUCAUUGUGACCCUCAUUGAUAUUUGAUUCUGGGCCCUUUGAGUAGCCCACUCAACCCAGGAGAGACUACACCUUUUCAUGCCAUGUCAUGUUUUUCUUUUAGUUAUGGAAUGUCCCUUUCUCUCUCCAGAGAUUUUCAGCGACACCCGCGAAGGGUCACGGGCCUCUGCCCGUUGCCCAUAGUAGCCAGAGUUAUUAUCUCUCACACGUGUUCCACUCUUUAGCUACAAUUCCCUCCGUAUAGCUUCACUUACCAUGCCGAAACAUGCAGACGACUUUAUAGUAAAUGAAGUGAGUUUAAAGCAACCCGGGAUUGGACAACUUUCUUCGAGAAUAUGCAACAAUCCCUCAUGGCUUCUCUCGGGAACAAGAAGCCAAAGUUAAUGUGCAGGAAUAUCAGCUAACCAGUGAAGGGUGACUAACAUCAGCUUAAAAAUAAACAAGAUAAAAACAUGAAAAUGUUGCACGUCGUCGGUCUGAGUGACGUCGUAAACUGGGAUCCAAUGGAAAAUUAAAUAUGAGCUUUGGAGAUUUGACCGCUAGAGGACAUCAAAGCAGCGGAUUACUAGUUUUUUUUGUGUCAUCGUGAAGCUGUCAUCGGUGUAACUUGGAGUUUCAACCUUUUAAAAUGUGCGUGCCUCAUAGCAUAGUGUAGCGCUUGUCUGGGACCAGUACUGGAAAAAAGCACUAAAUAUCUACCUAGAUUCGAAGGAGAGGCAGCCUAGGAACCAAAUAGAACAAGUUGAACAAAUGACCAGUUUACCUAGAUUUGCUACCCUCUAGCGGUCAAUUCACCAAAUAAAUUAUAAGCAGGUGUUUCUACAUUUGGGCGUGUGUUUGUGCGUGUGCGCGUGUUCAAAUGGCAUAUAGCAGCUAUGAUGCAUUAUUUAUUUAUCUACAAAUAAUGCAUAACCUAUACCUAUAAAUAUAGGCCUAUUGUUUCCUGUGUAUGUUCUAUUGUGGUGUUACAUCUACCUUUAAUAAAUAACCUUAUUUAUACUAUGUACUUGCUAGAUAAUGUAAUAACUUAAGCAUAAUGUAAUACUGUCAAUUUGCCAAAAGCCAUUAAAUUAUCAAUCAGCAUUUGUAUUACAUUAUCAACAGUUAUUACAUUAUCAGUUUCUAUAUAAGGCUUGCAUUAGGCCUACAUUAAACACAGAGGUUACAUUCUUCCAAGGCCUAUAAUGCAUAGACUAAUUGACUUCAAAUGUAACUUAAAGUGAACUCCACAUUCAUAAACAUGCACUCUAGGCCCCAAAGACGUUUUCAUGUCAAGUUUUUCUUUAAUCAUGGAAUUCCCUUUAAAUUCAAGCAACCCUUUGUAAUGUUUGGAUUUAACACUCUUACAGGAUACACAAGUUGAACCAUAUCUAUCAGAAAUAUAUACCAUCACGAUGUUAUAUUCUUCCUUAGUGAAGUUUAUCAAUGGAUAAAUGUAUCUAUUGAUAAAGUAUGUUGAUUAGUAUACAAAUAUACUGUACUAUAUCAGAGGACAUCAUUGAGAAGAACUAUGCUAUCAGACACAUGCUCCAGAUCUGCGAUCCUAGUGAUUUAGUUAUGGGAAUAAGGUAUGAGGUAAGGAAUGAAUACAGUACUUGACAUUCUCAGUGAUUUGGUGGACGCUUUUAUCCAAAGCCUCACAACAGUGUGGAUGUUAAGAAUGGCAGUCGAACCCCUUCCCCUGGCCGUGUUACUCCCUUGCUCUACCGAUUGACCUCAGACAAGGCCAUUCUCACCAAGACUCACUUAUUGAUUAA